UCCGACUUGAAUCCGGAUGCGGAUGCGGCGGCGCGCGUCUCCCUCAGUGAUAUUUGUGGUGGAUGUUCCAGCUGCUACGACCAGUGUGUCCUCGUCUCCCUACACUUUUCUCCUUGACACAGUUGUGUAACGGUCCACGAGCAAUGUCUUCCCCCCUAGACAAAGUUGACAAUGUGGAUAUUGACACUGGUACCUUCAAGUACAUUCUUAUCAAGGUUUAUUAUUCACCGCCAGGAGAAACGGAGACUUCAAAGUUUAUUACCAGAGGAUAUCUGUCGGCUGGUUUUCACUCGGAUAUAUACGAUAAGGUUGUACCAGCAAUUGAGAAGCUGGGACUGGACUGCGAGUGUAUGGGCGGUGGUCGCAUCCGUCAUGAACUGGACAAUAAAACUAUUGAAGUUUAUGGAUAUUCUCAAGGGUAUGGUCGAGCUGACCACAGCAUUACUGUGGACUUGCUCAAGGUCAAGUAUCCAGACUAUGAUCAAAUUAAGUUCUCCAAUGAUGGAUAUUAGUUUUGUUUUCAAUUAGUUUUCAAUAUCAUAAAAAUUUUGGUGCCUAAACAUUUAACUUUAUUGCAUUGGUUCAUAUAAAUGUCGGAUUCAGAUGAAAUAGUAGGGGGGGGACCAUAUCUUAGGGGGGUUAUAACUUCAGCUAGGGGAUAAAGCCUGUAUUUCCUCCUUUCCCUUCAUAAAACUUCCAGUGAGUAUUGGAUUUAAGCACCAGGAAUAUUUGGGAGAGUUAGUUAUUUUUUGCUAUUUAGCCAUAAUGGUUUGGUGCCUUUUUUGAUAAUUAUUUAAAUUUAAUAUUUUUGACUUCAUGACUAAUAUAUUGUUUUAUUUAUUACUGGAUUGUUGUUGACAUUGUUUAAACAAAUAAAACAAUUUACAAUUA